AUGCUCUACUUAAUAAUCCACCUUAUUUAAGCAAGAUUAGCUUAUAGCUCUAAACAAAUGAUAAAGCACCAAUAUUAAUGGGAAGAGGUGCAUUUGAAGCUAGGAACUCUGGAAGAUUCCAAGAUAAUUCUUUAGAAUAGAUUCACAGCUGAAGAGUUAUUACCUAAACUCGAGAAUACUAGGCAAGCUUUUGUAAGAGGAGGAGUAUUUAGCCCAUAAGCUCUAAAUCGAGACCGUGAUAAGAUACUUUCUACUUUUGAUACAAGAAGAUAGAGUAAUAACUCUCAAAAAGUUGUAGAUGAUUUUUUGAAUCCAAAGUUUUAUUAAGUGCCAAAGGAAAUAACUAAAAAGUACGGACUUAAGUUUCAUGAGAGAUUUAAUCUUUUCAAGGAUAAAGACUAUGAGGAAUUGAUAACAACUGAAAGAUUGAGAAACUAAAAGUAAAAAUAUAGAGAAGGGGAUAUGGUCUAAAUUAGUCCUAAACCCAAGAAGCCUGUAAAGCCAAAGGAUUAUUUAGAAAUAUCAAUUCACGGGGGAUAGAUUGAUGAGAGGCUUAAGUUUUCAAGAUAUUAAUCAAGUGAAGACUCUGAUGCAGUGCAGGAUUUCGUAGAUAGAUUAGAUGUCCAUGAAAGCCCAAAAGAAGAGGAGAUCUUUUUGAAUAUGGUUGAAAGAUAUAGACCAAAAAAUUACAGAAAUCCAUCACCAAACUCAUAAGAGUCAUCACAUGACUCCAAUUUGUUUAAAGGGGAAUAUGCUAUUGAAAAUGAAGACGUAGAAUUAGAUGAGCAAGAUAUAUUAGAAACAGAAAAACCUAUUUCCAAUGAUUAAAAUAGUAAUGAUCAGAGUCCAUUAAGGGAGAAAAAUAAUUAAGUACCUUUCAAGUCUUUAGUUAUCAGAUAGAAAAGAGAAAAGAUUAUGAAGUUUUUAAUGAGAUAGGAUAGUUUCUCUAAAGAGUUAUAGUAAAUAGAAGAUUUCAAACUCAAAUCUCUUCUCAAAGGUGGCAAAAAGGUUAAUGUUAUUGAAGAGCGUGAACAAUAGGAAAAAUAUAUCAAGAAGAGGAUAAAGGAAAUGGAGCAAAAAUGCUAUCAAGACCUUGUUGAAAAAUAUUCCCUAAUUAAGGACAUGUCUUAGAAAAAGAGAUUUAAGGAGGAUUUACUUGGAAGGCAGUUCAAUUUCUAAUUAAGUUUUCUCUCGCUUGAUCCAGAGGCAAAGAAAAGAAUUAGAGAAGCUUUUGUCAAAAAGAAAAAGAUGUUCACUUUAUGA